UGUCCCUAAGUGAACUCCGAAAUGUUUUGUUUCCUUGGCUAGAAUUCUCUUCAGCAGAGUAAUCGGGUUUUAUACUUUACCUGUGUAAAGUGGGUAGAUUAGCUGGAUACUAUCAAGUAGGAGCUGUUGUCAUGUUUAAAGGACAGAAACAUGAUUACUUGUGGAUUUCUUCUUCACUGUGUUUGAUCGAUUAGAUUUUUAACUGUUCAGACUGCUUUUAACUGGAUGAUUAUUCUAUUCAGACUGGAAAUUAAGAUUAUGAUAUCAAUUCCCUGCACAUCUAAGUAUAGUUGUCAGCACAUAUACAUUAGUAUAGCCAUCUGAAAAUCAACAGAUCUCUGAGAGUUUAUGCUGACUGAAAACCUGGCCCUUGAGCAUUUACAGGGAAUGACAGAAGUAAAGAAACAACAACUUGUAAGGACAAUAUUAAUUUUUCUUCUUCUGAAUAGUUUUUCUUGUCCAGGUAAAUUGCCUUUUUUUCUAUAUUCCUGAGAGAUUUUACUUCAGAAGUCUGCCAUCACUUAGUACCUAAAGGCACUAUGUCAAUUUCUUCUCUGCUGCACUCAGGAGCAAAUACCUUCAUGUCAGCGGGGCUAUUCAAAUGCAGACUGUAGUUAUGGUUUUGGGCUUUGCCUUAAAUUGGGACAGUUGUGUAUGUGUAUGGACUUACUUGAUUCUGAAGACACCAGAUUGUCCUGCCUCCCUAAAAUGCUCCCGUUGAAACAAAAAAGUUGGUAAUAUUAUGCUUUAAAGAUAAUAAAUUAUUUAUUGCUCUGAGGCACUGUAUUUCCAUCCUGUAGGUUUGAGCAGGACCAAGCUGACGAAAUGCCCAGAGGAAACCACUAUCCAGAUGGCAACUUUUUCAGAGGGAAAGGACACAGAUAUCUGGCAGCAGAAGAAGCACUGGGUAUUGGACUCUUCAUUUUGGUGCUGGCGAUUUUACUUAUCUUUGGCUGCUGGUAUUACAAAAGACGUAGUGGCUAUAAAAGUCUGCGGAGCAAAAGCUCUAGGGUGGGCAUGAUACGAACUGUGGUAGGUGAGGGAGGAAUGAUGGACAGCAAAAUGGCUCUGCAGGACUACAGAAACUUUAAUUCUGUGGUACCUGAUGCUCCACCAGCUUAUGACAAAAUUGCUGCAGAUCAGUCACCACCACCUUAUUCACCAUGACAACAUGAAGUUUUAAACUCUAAACAUACCGAUUCAAUUUCUUCAAUGUCCCUCUUAAUUUCCUGUAGAUGCUUAACUUUCUUAAAGCUAACCUUAUUAAAAAACCCAACCCUGUGCUUUCAU